CCAUUUUAUAUUUCGACUGUCAUCAUCUGUCAAACAUUCUGAUUUUGUGCUUGCAUCGCAUCGCAUUGUCGCAUCAUAAUUAUUUAAUGUGGUGUAAUUUUGUUGUCCUACAAGUUCUGUCUUAACAAGUAAAGCGAGAAGAACUAUUAGUUCUCCUCUUUGACCAUGUACGAUACUGAGGAUGAUCAGUAUGAAGAAAUCGACGUGGAAGAAAUCUCUUCAGAGCUCUGGCAGGAAGCUUGCUGGAUUGUCAUCAAUGCAUACUUUGAUGAAAAAGGUUUAGUAAGACAACAGUUGGACAGUUUUGAUGAAUUUAUUCAAAUGUCAGUCCAACGUAUCGUCGAAGAUUCACCACCUAUAGAGUUGCAAGCUGAAGCGCAGCACUCUUCGGGAGAAAUAGAAACACCGCCAAGGUAUCUUUUGAAGUUCGACCAAAUUUACUUAUCCAAGCCUACCCAUUGGGAAAAAGAUGGUGCACCAUCACCUAUGAUGCCUAACGAAGCUCGCCUUCGAAACUUAACCUAUUCUGCACCACUUUAUGUAGAUAUAACAAAAACUAUUGUCAAGGAACAUGAAGACCCAAUUGAAACACAACAUCAAAAAACAUUUAUAGGAAAAAUCCCUAUUAUGCUUAGAUCUACCUAUUGCCUUUUAAAUAACUUAACUGACAGAGAUUUGUCAGAGUUAAAUGAAUGUCCACUUGAUCCUGGUGGUUAUUUCAUUAUCAACGGAUCAGAAAAAGUAUUGAUUGCCCAGGAAAAAAUGGCAACAAAUACUGUGUAUGUAUUCAGUAUGAAGGAUGGAAAAUUUGCAUACAAAACAGAAAUUAGAUCCUGUUUGGAGCAUAGUUCUAGACCAACAUCCACUUUAUGGGUGAAUAUGAUGGCCCGAGGAGGGCAAAACAUAAAGAAAUCGGCAAUUGGACAAAGAAUAAUUGCAAUUGUUCCAUACAUCAAACAAGAAAUUCCAAUUAUGAUUGUAUUCAGAGCUCUUGGUUUUGUGGCUGAUAGAGACAUAUUGGAACACAUUAUUUAUGAUUUUGAUGACCCAGAAAUGAUGGAAAUGGUAAAACCCUCAUUAGACGAAGCUUUUGUAAUUCAAGAGCAGAAUGUAGCUCUUAACUUCAUUGGUGCCCGUGGAGCUCGUCCUGGAGUAACUAAGGAAAAGCGUAUUAAAUAUGCUCGAGAAAUCUUGCAAAAGGAAAUGUUGCCACAUGUUGGUGUAUCAGAUUUUUGUGAAACUAAAAAAGCAUACUUUUUGGGUUAUAUGGUACAUAGACUGUUACUGGCUGCUUUGGGUCGUCGUGAACUAGAUGACAGAGAUCAUUAUGGAAAUAAACGCUUGGAUUUGGCUGGUCCUUUACUUGCUUUUCUGUUCAGGGGUUUAUUCAAGAAUUUACUCAAAGAAGUGAGAAUGUAUGCACAGAAAUUCAUUGACAGAGGAAAAGACUUCAAUUUGGAGCUGGCCAUCAAGACCAAAAUUAUAACUGAUGGUCUGAGAUACUCUCUUGCUACUGGAAAUUGGGGUGAUCAAAAGAAAGCUCACCAGGCUAGAGCUGGAGUAUCACAGGUAUUGAAUAGAUUAACUUUUGCAUCAACAUUGUCACAUUUACGACGUGUCAACUCGCCAAUUGGUCGCGACGGUAAAUUAGCUAAGCCUCGACAGUUACAUAAUACUUUAUGGGGUAUGAUUUGUCCUGCUGAAACUCCAGAAGGUGCUGCUGUAGGGUUGGUGAAAAAUCUUGCCUUAAUGGCCUAUAUCUCUGUAGGAAGUCAGCCAUCUCCAAUUCUAGAGUUCUUGGAGGAAUGGUCUAUGGAAAAUUUAGAAGAAAUAGCACCCUCCGCUAUAGCUGAUGCUACAAAAAUAUUUGUUAAUGGUUGUUGGGUUGGAAUUCAUAGAGAUCCUGAACAAUUAAUGGCGACACUGAGAAAACUAAGACGGCAAAUGGACAUCAUUGUGUCUGAAGUGAGCAUGAUUCGUGACAUUAGAGAUAGAGAAAUCAGAAUUUACACAGAUGCUGGUAGGAUAUGUCGACCUCUGCUGAUUGUUGAAAAUGGAGCUUUGUUAUUAAAGAAGAAGCACAUUGAUGACCUUAAAGAACGUGACUUUAAUAACUAUGGAUGGCAAAAUUUGGUUGCUAGUGGUGUUGUUGAAUAUAUUGAUACCUUGGAAGAGGAGACUGUAAUGAUAGCAAUGAGCCCAGAUGACUUAGCUCAAGUAAAAGAAUAUGCAUACUGUACUACUUAUACUCAUUGUGAAAUUCAUCCUGCCAUGAUUCUGGGUGUAUGUGCUUCUAUUAUUCCAUUCCCUGAUCACAACCAAAGUCCUAGGAACACCUAUCAAAGUGCUAUGGGUAAACAAGCUAUGGGUGUUUACAUUACUAACUUCCACGUACGAAUGGACACACUGGCUCAUGUGUUGUACUAUCCACACAAACCAUUGGUUACUACAAGGUCUAUGGAAUAUCUUCGAUUCAGAGAAUUGCCGGCAGGUAUUAAUUCAAUUGUUGCAAUUCUAUGUUAUACUGGAUACAAUCAGGAAGACAGUGUUAUUCUGAAUGCUUCCGCAGUAGAGCGAGGAUUUUUCCGAUCUGUAUUUUAUCGAUCUUACAAAGAUUCAGAGUCUAAAAGAAUUGGUGAUCAAGAAGAACAGUUCGAAAAACCUACCAGGCAAACAUGUCAAGGUAUGAGAAAUGCUUUGUAUGAUAAAUUGGAUGAUGAUGGUAUUAUCGCACCUGGUAUAAGAGUUUCUGGUGAUGAUGUUGUAAUUGGAAAAACAAUCACAUUGCCUGAAAACGAUGAUGAAUUAGAAGGCACCACAAAACGGUACACUAAGCGAGAUGCCUCAACAUUUUUACGUAACAGUGAGACUGGAAUCGUUGACCAGGUAAUGUUAACAUUGAAUAGUGAAGGAUACAAAUUCUGCAAAAUUCGAGUCAGAUCCGUGCGUAUUCCUCAAAUUGGAGACAAGUUUGCUUCUCGCCAUGGACAAAAAGGAACCUGCGGAAUCCAAUACAGGCAAGAAGAUAUGCCGUUUACGUGUGAAGGGAUUACCCCUGACAUUAUUAUCAAUCCUCACGCUAUUCCGUCUCGUAUGACAAUUGGUCACUUGAUUGAGUGUAUUCAAGGCAAAGUUUCGUCUAACAAGGGAGAAAUUGGUGAUGCCACGCCAUUCAAUGAUGCUGUAAAUGUGCAAAAGAUUUCCUCACUGUUACAAGAAUAUGGCUAUCAUCUUCGUGGAAAUGAAGUUAUGUACAAUGGACACACAGGCCGAAAGAUAAAUGCGCAAGUUUUCUUAGGUCCAACAUAUUAUCAGCGUUUGAAGCACAUGGUGGACGACAAAAUUCACUCUAGGGCUCGAGGUCCAGUACAAAUCUUAGUAAGACAACCCAUGGAGGGCAGAGCCCGAGAUGGCGGAUUGCGUUUUGGAGAAAUGGAACGCGAUUGUCAAAUUGCGCAUGGUGCUGCACAAUUUUUGCGCGAACGUCUUUUUGAAGUCUCCGAUCCCUAUCGUAUACAUGUUUGUAAUUUCUGUGGCUUGAUAGCUAUUGCAAACUUGCGUAAUAAUACUUUUGAAUGCAAAGGUUGCAAGAACAAGACUCAAAUCUCCCAAAUACGAUUGCCAUACGCUGCGAAACUACUGUUCCAGGAACUGAUGUCCAUGAACAUAGCGCCGAGAUUAAUGGUAGUUAAUUAAGAACAAAUGUAUUUGAUUCACUAAUUAUACGAAAAGGACUUUGAAGGUUGUUAAACUUCAAUUAAUUGGAUUUAUUUCAAGUAUUGAUAUGAAUAAAAGAAACUGCAACAUUU